UAUUUCAGCCCAAUAAAAGCCCAACAACAUGUCUGACUGGGGAGAUGAGCCCGUUGCUGCUCCUACGAGCGCUCCGAAGGAAGUAUCCGGUUGGAGCGAUGAAGAGGAUAAUAGCAAAGGUGCUGGUGGCGACCAAGGAGGCGGAAAUCGCAGGGGAGGAGAUAGAGAUCGAAAUGGCGAUGGAGGUGGUUACCGCGGAGGUCGUCGCGAAGGAGGCGACGGAGGAGGUUACCGAGGUCGUCGCGACAACAAUGAAGACGGAGGCGACGGUGGUGAAGGUUUCCGAGGUCGUCGCGAUAAAAAUGAGGAAGGCGAGGAACGUCGUGGAGGACGCGGUGGCUUCAAUCGGGAGCGAGGAGAGCGUGGAGAACGUGGAGAACGCGGCGAGAAAGGAGAAGGUGGUUUCGAGAGGCGUCGCCGCAACGAAGAUGAUGUUAACAACAACAACGAGGGCGGCGAAAAUAGCGAGAAGCCGCGCGAAUUUUAUAUUCCGCCAGAGCCGUCUAACGAUGCCACCGAGAUCUUCAGUACCGGUAUCACUUCGGGCAUUAACUUCUCAAAAUAUGACAACAUUCCCGUUAAGGUGAGCGGCGAGGAUGUGCCAAAGGCCAUAAAGAACUUCGAGGACGCCAAGUUGCGUAGCAUUGUCGGCGAUAACGUGACCAAAUCGGGCUACAAGGUUCCGACCCCGAUCCAAAAGGUUUCCAUACCUGUGAUUGCAGCUGGUCGUGAUUUGAUGGCUUGUGCCCAGACUGGUUCGGGAAAAACGGCUGCUUUUCUGUUGCCGAUCCUCAGCAAGCUGCUGGAUGAGCCCCAUGACUUGGAGAUUGGCAAGCCGCAGGCCGUGAUUGUCUCGCCAACCAGAGAGCUGGCCAUUCAGAUUUUCAGCGAAGCGAGGAAGUUUGGCUUCGAUUCGUACCUAAAGAUCAGCAUUGUUUACGGCGGCACCUCGUUCAAGCAUCAGAACGAGUGCAUUACCAAGGGAUGCCAUGUCCUGAUCGCCACUCCGGGACGACUGAUGGACUUUGUGGAGCGUACAUUUAUCACCUUCGAUGACACACGCUUCGUUGUGCUGGACGAGGCCGAUCGCAUGCUUGACAUGGGUUUCUCGGAGACCAUGCGUAAAUUCAUGACCCACCCGACUAUGCGUAACGAGCACCAAACUUUGAUGUUCUCGGCUACUUUCCCCGAAGAAAUCCAGCGCCUGGCGGGAGAGUUCUUAAAAAACUAUGUCUUUGUUACCAUUGGCGUAGUUGGAGGCGCCUGUUCUGAUGUGCAGCAGACCAUUCACGAGGUCAAUAAGUUUGCCAAGCGAGCCAAGCUAAUGGAAAUCCUUCGCGAGGAAGCAGAUGGUACCAUAGUCUUUGUGGAAACAAAGCGCGGUGCUGAUUUCUUGGCCUCGUUCCUGUCGGAAACUGAAUUUCCUACUACUUCCAUUCACGGCGAUCGUCUCCAGAGUCAACGCGAGCAGGCCUUGCGUGACUUUAAGAACGGCACAAUGAAGGUUAUCAUAGCUACUUCGGUGGCGGCACGUGGACUUGAUAUCAAGAACAUCAAGCAUGUGAUCAACUUUGACAUGCCAAACAACAUUGAUGAUUAUGUGCAUCGCAUUGGACGCACUGGCCGUGUGGGCAACAACGGUCGUGCUACCUCAUUCUUUGAUCCUGACCAGGAUCGUGCUCUCGCCGGCGACUUGAUUAAGAUCCUUGAAGGAGCUAAUCAGACUGUGCCCGAGUUCCUCAGCGACAUGGGCGGCGGAGGCGGUGGUGGCGGAGGUUACUCCAACAAGAAGUUUGGAGGCGUGGAUGUUCGCGGCGGCGGAAAUGCCAUCUCCGCUGCAACCACCGCCGAGGCUGACGAAGAGUGGGAUUAA